AUGCUCAAUAUGUCACCACAAAAGGAUUUGCCCAUUACCAAGUUGAACCUGCUCACCUGUUCAACAUAUCUGAAGGAAAUGAUGGAGAUGAUGUUCUUAGUACUUGGUGAAUAUAUGAUUCAUCAGCAACA